AUGGACACCUCAUCUGACGACGGAGCGUUCUCUCACCGCCACGUCAGUACAGGGCCAGAUCAGUUUUACGUCGAAGGAAUGCGUUGCGUGCAGUAUCAAAGAUCGGUGGCCUCUGUAGCAGAUGCCGUGUGGAUGGCAAUGACAUCGCCAAUACAUGAUCAGAACACCCAUUCGUUUGCGAUUGAUCAAGACACGAUUUAUGUUCGAGUCACGUUUGAAAGCACCGGCACAUCUGUGAAAGUCGAGUCCAGCGUGAUCUUGAAGAGGCGAAUGGUGGACUGCAACCACGUCCGCCUGGUGUUUCGGAGCAUCUUGGACGACGAAGCACAUCCAUUUGCGGCCGACAGUUUGACGUCCAACAAGUGGGAACGGCGACGACUCUCAUGUGCUACAUACACCAAGGCCACCUCUGCACGAGAUCAGCAUCCCCCGAGCGGAUCUAAAGAAUUCGACGACCUGUUGGCGUUGUUGGAAUCCGUACAUUUGGACAAGGGCAAGACGUUUGCCAAGGACAUGAGUCCCGCGGAACUGGCCAAGGACAUCAUGAACGCCUCGUCUAGAGCGUUUGGGGCGCGUGUGGAGCAGCUGCUGAUGGCAACCGACGACGAGCUAGCUGCAUCAUCGAACGCCUGUUAG